AUGACAACACCUACGACACCUUUUGCAACACCUGGUGAUCCAUUUGCCAAUGAUGAUGGAGUAUUUACUGGACGAAAAUUAGAUACAAUAUGUUUAUUUGAUGUUGAUGGAACAAUAGCUUUGGCAAGACAAUUAAUAACACCAGAAAUGGAUGCAUAUCUUCAAGAAAUUCGAAAAAAAUGUCUCAUUGGUCUUGUUGGAGGAUCUGAUAUUGUUAAAAUUGCUGAACAAAUUGGUGGAACUAAAGCAAUAGCUAAAUACGAUUAUGUUUUUGCUGAAAAUGGUCUUGUAGCUUAUAAAAAUGGCCAACUUUUCUUCGAAGAAAAUAUUCAAAAACACAUUGGUGAAGAUAAUUUACAAACAUUCAUUAAUUAUUGUUUAAAAUAUUUAUCAGAAAUUCAAUUACCAUUUAAACGUGGAACAUUUAUUGAAUUUCGUAAUGGCCUUAUCAAUGUAUCACCUGUCGGUCGAAAUUGUACACUGGAAGAACGACAUCUGUUUCAUGCAUAUGAUGCAGAACAUCAAAUUCGUUCAACAAUGGUUAAACAUCUUCAAGAAAAAUUCCCUCAUUUGGGUUUAGUUUUUGCAAUUGGUGGUGAAAUUAGUUUUGAUGCCUUUCCUGAAGGAUGGGAUAAACGAUAUGCUUUAAAACAUUUAGAAAAAGACAAUAUUAGCAACAUUUAUUUUUUUGGUGAUAAAACAUUUAAGGGUGGCAAUGAUUAUGAGAUAUAUACUGAUCCACGAACGAAAGGUUAUUCCGUGACAAGUCCGGUGGACACACGUGCUCAAUUAUGUGAAUUAUUCGCUCCGUAA